CCCUUCUCCUGCCGCCUGUCCUCGUCCGUGCCCCUUCCUCGCUGCUGCCCGACCCCCUCAUCGCAACGCUCGCCUCAAUGAGACUCUCCAGCAUCGUCCUUGCCCUCGUUGGCGCCAGCGCCGCUCUGGCCUCCCCUGCCCGCAACUGCAAACCCUGGACCGCUGGUGUCGAGCUCGCCACCGGCGACUGUGUUGACUUUAACGGUCAGUCGUGGUCUGUUCUCCAGCCCCACCUCGCCGAGGGCGCUCCUUCGACCGACAGCACUCGGUUUGCUCAGCUGGUCAACAUCCAGGCCCGCCAGCACAAGGUCUUGCAGCCCAAGAAGCCUGCGUCGAAAACAACCAAGGCCAAGAAGACGACUACCACCAAGCCCGCCAAAACCAAGACCACCAAGACCAAGGCCACCAAGACCAAGAAGACCAAGACUACCACCACCACCACCACCACCACCACCACCACCACCACCACUACCACCGCCAAGGCCACCACCAAGACCACCAAGGCCACCUCGAGCGUUUCCACUCCCACGUCCCUGCCCGUCUCUGGAAAGCUCUUUGCCCCCUACGUCGAUGUCGGUCUCUGGCCCCCCUACGACCUGGCCGCUGCCUCGACUGCCACCGGUGUCCGUGUCUUCACUCUGGCCUUUGUCGUCUCCCAGGGCGGCAAGCCCUAUGUCGCCGGCUAUCCCCUUGAGCAGCAGUGGUUCGACGACAAGGUCCAGGCCCUUCGUGCUGUUGGCGGCGAUAUCAUCCUCAGUUUCGGCGGCGCCGUCGGUGUCGAGCUCGCCCACGACAUCACCGACGCCAACCAGCUCAAGACCACCUACUAUUCUACCAUUGAUCAGUUCAACGCCACCUACAUCGACUUUGACAUCGAAGGCGGUGCCGUUGCCGAUACCUCUGCCAUCGACCGUCGCAAUGCCGUCCUCGCCACCAUCCAGAAGGAACGUCCCCACAUCAAGGUCUCGUACACCCUGCCUGUCCUCCCCACCGGCCUCGACAACAACGCCAUCUACCUCCUGACCUCGGCCGUCAAAGCCGGCGUCAACAUCGACUCGAUCAACAUCAUGACCAUGGACUUUGGCAGCUACAGCGCCCCCAACGGUGCCACCGGCAUGGGUGACUACUCCAUCAGCUCGGCCAAGUCCACCUAUGCCCAGGCCAAGCAGGCUGGCGUUGCCAACCCUUCGAUCGCCAUCACCCCCAUGAUCGGCGUCAACGACCUGAAGGAUGAGAUCUUCACCCUCGCCAAUGCUCAGGAGGUUCUUACCUUUGCCCAGCAGACUUCCUACAUCAACGGCAUCCGCAUGUGGAGCAGCAACCGCGAUAACGUUGGCGCCUCCGGCAUCACCCAGGCCCAGUACGACUUUAGCAAGAUCUUCAAUAAGCUCUGA